ACCUCAAAAUGCGUUACACGCCGACCCAGCUGAUCAGUCGUCUUCAUGGCAUCGGUCAGUGUAGUUGGACUUUUGGUCUGCCUUUUGGCAGUACUAUCGUUCGGUUUGGUUCAGGCCGAACGGACGCGCUACGAUAACUAUCGCGUAUAUAAGCUAUCGAUCGAGCGAGCAGAACAGUUGGAACUGCUUCAACUCAUCGAACAGUUCCCGGAUGGCUAUGCCUUCCUUAGCGAUCCUGUUCAUCUGAACACCACCGUUAAGUUGGUGGUCCCUCCACACAAGAUAGCAGAAUUCCAAGAGCUCAACAAUAAGUAUUCCUUUAAGAGUGAAAUAGCCUUCGAGAAUCUGCAGGCCGUCAUCGACAGGCAGCUGCGUGGUCGUCGGGAAACGUUCGGCUGGACUGCCUACCAUCCGCUGGAGGACAUUUACGCAUGGUUAGAUACGUUGAUUCAGGAAUAUCCGAACGUAGUGAGCCCGAUCGUCGCAGGGCAGACUUACGAAGGUCGCGAGAUUCGUGGCGUAAAGGUAUCGUACAAGCAGGGAAAUCCGGCCGUCUUUACCGAGGGUACCAUACACGCCCGGGAAUGGAUCAGUGCAGCCACUGUUACAUGGAUGCUGAAUGCGCUGCUCACCUCACAAGAUGCGGCCGUUCGUAACAUUGCCGAGAACUACGACUGGUACGUAGUACCAGUCGCCAAUCCGGAUGGAUAUGUCUAUACCCAUACAACCACCCGCCUGUGGAGAAAAACACGCUCUGCUCAGAAUGUGCUGUGCUUUGGAGUGGACCCCAACCGCAACUGGGAUUACAUGUUUAACCAGGGUGGUACUUCAACGAUUCCCUGCGCGGACACCUUCUCUGGACCUGCGCCGUUUUCGGAGAUUGAGACCCGCACUCUAUCGGAGUACAUUCGCACAAUUCCAAACUUAUCUACCUAUCUAGAUUUCCACUCCUCCGGCCAGUUGCUGAUGGUUCCAUACGGACACACAAGAGAACCGCUAGAUAACUACUACGAGCUGAUGGAAAUUGGAACAAAGGCUGCCGUAAAACUGCAGGAGCGACACGGUAGCGCCUAUCAGGUUGGAAACAUAGCCGAGAUUAUUUAUAUUGCUUCCGGUAGCAGUUUGGACUGGGUUAAAGGAACUCUUGGAACUCCGCUCACGUUUGCCUAUGAGCUGCGUGAUACCGGCGAGUAUGGAUUCUUGCUGCCGCCCGAGCAGAUCAUCCCGACGGCAGAGGAAACUCUCGACUCGAUCAUCGUGAUCCUGGAGGAAGGCAAGGCGUUGGAUAAUUCUCAUAGCGAAUACUAUAAAGCUUCUUUCGCACUCGAAACGGUGCUUAGUGUCCGCUGGACGGUACCUUCCAGAGCUAUGAAAUUCCUUUUGGUGUGUGUUGCGUUCGCGCUGUUCGGUGCCACCGUGGCCGAAAAGGCCAGGUAUGAUAACUACCGUGUGUACCGGGUACGUAUCCAGACCGAGCGCCAGUUAGAAUUGCUGCAAGCCAUCGAACAAUACCCCGAUGGAUACCGGUUCUGGAGCGAUCCGGUUAAGGUUGGAACCGAAGUGAUGCUGGUAGUGCCACCGCACCAGCGUGGACACUUCUCGGACAUUCGGGCACGAUUCGGACUGCGGGCAGAGCUGCAAAUUGCCAAUCUGCAACAGCAGAUUGAUCUGGAGUCACGUCCAUCGGUGCGCAAGGAAACGUUCGGGUGGACGGCGUACUACCGUUUGGAUGCGAUCUACGCCUGGUUGGAUAGUUUGGCAGUGACCUAUCCGGGUGUCGUGACGUCACUCAACAUUGGAAACAGCUUCGAGAACCGACCUAUUAAGGGUGUGAAAGUGUCCUACAAGGCUGGUAAUAAGGCCGUCUUUAUGGAGGGAUUAAUCCACGCACGCGAGUGGGUGAGUGGAGCUACGGUGACCUGGGUAUUGAACGAGUUGCUCACCUCCAGUGAUCCCAAAGUGCGCAACAUUGCGGAAAACUAUGACUGGUACUUCUUCCCGGUGACGAAUCCCGAUGGUUACGAGUACACGCAUACGACCGAUCGUCAGUGGCGUAAAACACGAUCAGAGCCGAGCGUAUUAUGCCGUGGUGCGGAUCCCAACAGGAAUUUUGGAUACAACUUCAUGCAGGGCGGUGCCUCCAGUGUCCCUUGCUCCGAUACGUUUGCCGGACCGGUUGCCUUCUCGGAGGUGGAAACCCUCCAAUUGUCUAAUUUCAUCUCAUCGCUGGACAACUUAAGUACCUACCUCGCAUUCCACUCUUACUCUCAGCUGCUGCUGGUGCCCUAUGGUCACACUACCGCCCGGCUGGACAAUUACGAUGAAACGAUUGCAAUCGGUACGAAGGCGAUCAACAAACUGCGGGAGCGUUACGGCACAACUUACAACAUCGGCAACAUUGCUGAAGCGAUCUAUGUCGCCUCCGGAGGUAGUAUCGAUUGGGUAAAGGGUGUCCAUAAGACUCCCCUAGUGUACGCGUACGAGCUCCGUGAUCUCGGACGGUAUGGAUUCUCUCUGCCGCCAGAUCAGAUCAUCCCUACAGCGGAGGAAACGCUCGAUUCAAUCAUUGUGAUCCUGGAGGAAGGUGCAAACUAUGGUUAUCACUAA